GUUGUCUGAGCGGGCAGUCGGAGCGAGGAAGACCCGGUGAGAGAGCAGGAGUGAUCUGGCACUCAUCAGCCCGGGAUGACACCACCAUGAUGGGUUGACUCCUCGCGGGGGAGGGCGGAGGGUGGGAGGCGGUCGGAGAGAGGAAGUGUGAGUGUGUUUGUGUGAGCGUUCCACGCCGCCACGCUCAGCCAUGGAGACCAACAAAGUUCUUCAUUUCGUGCCGUUGGAGGCGCCUCCCUCUGGCAUGUCAACCAACGGAUACUUCUUUCAAGAAAUGGAGCAGAGGGAGGUGGUGCAAGACGAGGACCCCGAGGGCCGGGAGGAGGGACAGGACUCGCCCAUCACCUGCAGAGACGACACCCACCUGUACGACAACCAGAUCAGCCCGGGAUCAGAAAGCGACGACUCGGGCUGCGUGCUGCUCAACACGUCCAGGAAGUACGUCAAGCUGAUGAACUUCGAGGAGGAGAUCCGCGCCCACCGUGACCUGGACGGCUUCCUGGCCAGGGCGAGCAUCCUGCUGGACGAGACGGCGGCGUCCCUGGACGACGUCCUGAAGAGGAUGCUGCACCACGUGGGUCAAGACAGCAACGCCCCGGAGCCCAGCUGCAACUUCGAGGAGGUGAUGAGUUUGCUUUUCACCGACGCGGGCGCUCAGGAAGUCAACGACACCUCUCAGAGUUUUGUUUUCUUUGACGACGUCCACCUGCUGUCAGAGACCAUCCAGGGGGUGACGGCCACCGACACAGGAGUCCAUUACCAGCAGUCCUGGCUCUGCAUCCUCUGCAACGUGAAGAACCUGCAGAGGCGUCACGUGUGCAUCUCACGCCUGGAGAGGCCGCAGAACUGGGGGGAGAACUGCUGCGAGGUCCGCUACGUCAUCCUCGUGCUGGCGCCACUCAAAAUGAAGAGCACCAAGACGGCGAUGGAGCUGGGCAGGACCUUCGCCACGCUCUUCUCCGACAUCUCCUUCCGGCAGAAGCUCCUGGAGACCAAGACUCAGGAGGAGUUCAAGGAGGCACUGGUCUUCCAGCGCCACGAGCUGACCGCCACCAACCAGCUGCCCACCGCCCUGGGCAAGGAGGAGACGGACCCCCGCAGUCACAAACCCCUCAAGUGUAAAGACUUCUUGAGAGCGGGCCGGGGGAUCUACGAGGACCUGUGUCGCAGACUGCCUUUCUACGUCUCCGACUUCACAGAUGGUAUUGUUGGGAACAACAAGACCCUGCUGAAGUACAUGACCACCGCCAUCUUCCUCUACAUCGCCAUCCUGCUGCCCGCCAUCGCUUUUGGCUCGCUCAACGACGAGAGCACGCGUGGCGAGAUCGAUGUGCGGAAGACCAUCAUCGGACAAAGCAUCGGCGGUGUCGUCUACUCGCUGUUUGCCGGUUCUCCUCUGGUCAUCCCCCUGACGACGGCCCCCCUCGCCAUCUUCAUCAGUGUGAUCCGAGGAAUCUGCGACGACUACAACUUGGACUUCCCGGCCUUCUACGCCUGUAUCGGCCUGUGGAACUGCUUCUUCCUCAUCCUGGGAGGAGUCUUCAACGUGAGCCUCGUCAUGAAGCUCUUUAAAAGGUCAACAGAGGAGGUGAUCGCUCUCUUCAUCUCCAUCGCCUUCGUGGUGGACGCCGUCAAGGGAACAGCCAAAAUCUUCCAGAGGUACUACCACCCGCCAACGCUCGCCAACGCAAGCGCGGGGGGCGUGAAGACCGUCGCCGAUCUGCUGUCGGUCAACGGAAGCGUCGCGAGGGAAGGGGCGGCAGGGUCCUCGGUGCUCGAGGUCCUGCCUGAGACGCUGAUCCACUGCACACGAGAGAGGCCCGUCCUCUGUCUGCUGCUCAUGAUGGGAACCCUGUGGAUGGGAUACACCCUCUACCAGUUCAAGAGGAGUCCGUUCCUGCACGCCAAAGUGAGGGAGGUGUUGUCCGACUGCGCCCUGCCCAUCUCAGUGCUGCUCUUCUCUUUCAUCGGCUCGUACCUGUUCAGCGACAUCAACCUUCCAGUCUUCAAAGUUCACGACCGGCCCUUCUUCAAAGUGGCCCCCUUCGAGCGCCUGUCGGCCCUGAACGUGCUCAGCGCCAUGGGCCUGGGCUUCCUACUGGCCCUCCUCAUCUUCAUCGACCAGAACAUUGUGGUGUCGCUGACCAACGCGCCAGAGAACAGGCUGCUGAAGGGCACGUCGUACCACUGGGACCUGAUGCUGUCGGGCCUCAUCAACAUCCUGAUGUCGGUGCUGGGGCUGCCCUGGAUGCACGCCGCCUUCCCGCACUCCACGCUGCACGUGCGCCAGUUGGCCUUUGUGGAGCAGCGCGUGGAGGGUGGACACCUCUACGAGACUAUCGUGCAGGUGAAGGAGACGCGUCUGACCUCGCUGGCCGCCAACAUCUUCAUCGGCGUGUCGGUGAUGCUGCUGCCCAUCCCUCUGCAGUGGAUCCCCAAACCCGUCCUGUACGGCCUCUUCCUCUACAUCGCGCUCACCUCCAUCGAUGGCAACCAGAUGUGCGACCGCAUGGCUCUCCUCCUCAAGGAGCAGACGUCCUACCCGCCCACCCACUACAUCCGCAAAGUGCCCCAGAGGAAGAUCCACUACUUCACCUUCCUGCAGAUGAUGCAGCUGCUGGUGCUGUGCACGUUUGGCAUGUACCCCAUCCCCUACAUGAAGAUGAUCUUCCCUCUGGUCAUGAUCCUGCUCAUUCCCAUCAGGAACAGCGUGCUUCCUCGCAUCAUUGAGGCCAAAUACUUGGACAUCAUGGACUCCCAACACAUGUAGCUGAAUAGAAGAAGUGAGACAUUUGGAAUCCAAGAAGGGCAAAGAAAGAAAAGAACAUAUUUUUCAAUGCAAAAAAAUAACUCUGCAGAGUCGAAAAGGAACUUCAAAAAACAAAGUGACUGUUUUGAUUUUUGUAUCGGAAGGCAAAUACUACAAAAGGAAGGACGGAACCUUGAAGGGACAAUCCAGGACGUCGGUGUGCUAGCUCGUAGCUAAAGGUCCUGCCGGCUAACGGCGUGUGAGUACGAUGACUGACAUGAUGUCACGUGUGACCUAUUUCCACCAUGUUGGUCAGCAGGUCAACGAUUCUUCUUCUCCAUGACAGCAGACAUCUUUCUUUUCCUUUUUUUUUUUUGACUCUAUUUCUCUCACUGUGGUCUUUAAGAACCUUUAACAUUCUAUAGCGGACGCGCGUCUUUUAUUUUUUUUCCAUUCCAGACACUUGUCCUACUUUCUGUCUGCUCGUUAAAAAAGAUUUUAUUGGAAUAGGUCCAAGCAUUCCAACAGAGUCUACAUCAGGGGGGGGGUCCAAAGUGCUGCCUGGGGGACACUUUGGGCCUGUUUUCCUGACUGUAAAAAGUAUAUACAUUUAUCAUUAAUCAUUUUGUCACCUAUGACAAUUUUUUUUUUUGUAGAUUGUUUGCGUUUAGCAUCUUUGAUAUAUGAUUCAGUAUGUGUCCCACACUGUAAAAGGUUGGACAUCAAACCCCUGGUCGCCAUCAUUCAGGACAUGGUGGUUAUUUGUUCUUCACAAAAUUGUCCACACCAAAUAUUCCCAUCAACAAUAAUUAAUUAUUUGUUUAAAAAAAAAGAAGAAGAAAUUCAGUUCAUUAACUAGCUUGAUUAAGUUAUUUAAAUGAUUUAUAACCAUACCAAAUGUAUGUAUGAAAGCACUUUAAUGGCUGAAACCGUUGAAAACCAAACAUAAGCAAAAUAUUGUAACUAACAUAAGAAAAUUGUUAGGAAAUACGGGUCAAAGGCACUUAUAUCACAGAAACAAUGCACAUACAGUUAUAUACGUUAUAUAAUAAAACAAUACAAUGACAUAUAUAUAUAUGUGUGUG